AUGCCUAGUCUUCUGAAGAGCAACUUUGCCCACCUCCGAUUCAAGGAGCUGCAUCCUACCUUCGCUGCCGAAGUCGAAGGCGUUGACUUUUCACAACCUAUUCCAGACGAUGUAUUCGAAGAAAUCCUGGCGGCGUCGGCAAAGUAUGGUGUGCUAGUGUUCCGUUCAACUGGUUUGACAGACACGAAGCAUGUCGAGUUUUCCCGCCAAUUUGGCGAGCUUGACGACGUCAGGCCGUACAUGACCAACGGGCGCAAGCCACGCUACGAAUACUAUGAACUGUUCGACGCGGGAAACAUCGAUGGCGAAACCGGGAAGGUGCUCGACCCAACAUCCCCGAGGGCUCAGUACAACAAAGGCAACGCUCUGUUCCACGUCGAUUCCUCCUUCAAUCCUCGAAGGGCAUCUUAUUCCAUACUCAAGGCCACAGAGCUACCUCCUCCUGAAUGCGGAGGCGAUACAGAUUUUGCAGAUACUCGCACCGCCUUCGACGAACUGCCCUUGGACCUGAAGAAGCAGCUCCUGGACAACGACUAUAUCGGAGCCCAUUCACUGCAUCACAGUCGGAAGGUUGCAGCACCGGAGUUCUUUGCGGACACCGACCCCACACAGCAUAAGAUGCAUUUCCAUCGCCUUACUCAGAAGCAUGAGCCGAGUGACCGCAUGAACCUCUAUAUUGCCGCUCAUGCCCAUCACAUCGAGGGGAUGCCGCCUGAGGAUUCUGACGCUUUGCUGAAGAAGCUUAUGGAACACGCCACUCAAGAGAAAUAUUGCGUGUCAGUCCCGUGGAAGAACCCCGGCGAUUUAGUGAUUUGGGACAAUACUUGCGUAAUGCAUCGUGCGGGCAAAGGAACCUUUGCCGGAAAGUACAAGCGCGAUCUCAGGAGAACGACUGUGCACGAUUCGAGCAGCCAGGCAUGGGGCCUGAACGGCGUUAACUCGGACACCAGGCAGGGCUUCCAGAUGCCGAAGGGCGUCUUCUGA